UGGGGGGCCAAGUGACUUUUAAAGCAGGCUGCCUGGCUGAUGUGGCGGAUCUGAGGACUCGUCUUGUUUGACGUUGCACCAUGGAUCAAGAAAACAAAUCCGAGGAUGAGGCAGUUGGCCAGUCUGAGGAUCAUGACCAGCAACGGUUUCCGCUUGGACUCUCGGACUCCGAGGCAGUGGAGGUUCUGUGGCAGAUGCGGGCUCAGCGGAGACAGGCCAGUCCUGACCUGCCUGACACUGUGACUCGACUCACGACUCCCGAGGGCAGCGUGGUCUACCUGGUGGGCACGGCUCACUUCAGUGACAGCAGUAAGAAGGAUGUAGUGACGACCAUCCGGGCGGUGCAGCCGGACGUGGUGGUGGUGGAGCUGUGCCAGUACCGUGUGUCUAUGCUGAAGAUGGAUGAAAAAAUGCUGAUGAAGGAGGCCAAAGACAUCAACCUGGAGAAGGUGCAGCAGGCCAUCAGACAGAAUGGUGUGAUGUCAGGCCUCAUGCAGAUUCUGCUACUCAAAGUCUCUGCCCACAUCACAGAGCAACUAGGUAUGGCCCCUGGAGGAGAGUUUAGAGAAGCCUUCAGAGAGGCAGGUAAAGUCCCCUUCUGUAAGUUCCACCUUGGGGACAGACCAAUCCCAGUGACGUUCAAGCGUGCCAUCGCUGCCCUGAGCCUGUGGCAGAAAGCUCGGCUGGCCUGGGGCCUGUGCUUCCUGUCCGACCCCAUCAGCAAAGAGGACGUGGAGAAGUGUAAACAGAAGGACCUGCUGGAGCAGACCAUGUCUGAGAUGAUCGGCGAGUUUCCCGCAUUGCACCGCACCAUUGUGGCUGAGCGGGACAUCUACCUCACGCACACGCUCAGACAGGCCGCCCGCUGUGUGGAAGCACCCCCUAAUGCCCAGAAAGUGCCUGCGGUGGUGGUGGGAGUGGUGGGAAUGGGUCACGUUCCUGGUAUUGAACAGAACUGGGACCAAGAGCUCGAUAUUCAUGAGAUCAUCAGUGUGGCUCCACCCUCUCGCUUUGGUUGGGUGUUGAGGACUGUGUUGAAAGGGGCAGUGCUAACCGCUUUGGGAUAUGCCUGCUAUCGUGCUGGAGGGGGUGUGGGGAGGGUCUUACUCUCUCUACCUGCUGUCCAAUCACUGCUGGAGAAUUUGCGACCGGCCCCUGCUUGACCAAUGGCUUUUCAGCAGAGACCUUCACAGACCGGAUGUUACGCUAAACACCAGUUGCCUUAAGUACAGGAGAAAAGCAGGAGAAAGGGGUUCAGAAAUGGCUGACGCUCCUCAAAACAGAACCGGAUUUUGGGUGGUGGGCUUGGACCUGCCCCCCUGUCUUCUCUCAGCUCUUCGACCUGCCCCUUAGAUUAAAAUAAUACCCUGUCUGCUUCCAGUGUUUGGACGUGCCCCUUUUAGAUUAAAAUAAUACCCUGUCUGCUUCCAGUGUUUGGACGUGCCCCUUUUAGAUUAAAAUAAUACCCUGUCUGCUUCCAGUGUUUGGACCUGCCCCUUUUAGAUUAAAAUAAUACCGUGUCUGCUUCCAGUGCUUGGACCUGCCCCUGUCUUCUCCUAGUGCUCUCUGUUCCUGCAGGCAUGGAGUUGUACUGCCAAAGAAGUUAGUACUUCUUUCCUCUUUCUCUCUGUGAUCUCAUUUCCAUACAAUUCGGUAAAGCACAGUUACCAUUUUAGUUUUUUUGGUCUCUGUAUAUCAAAUGGUCAUGUUGAGGGACUGAAGAAUAAUGAUAUUCUUUAAUGUUGAAUGCUUCUUAAGUGAUGAGCUUGACCACAUAUCACUUUCUAGGUAGCAAGGUAAGAACUGAAUAUGCAACAUAUUUCCUUGUUCUUCUGUUAAUUAAAGACUUUACUGUAAAACUGAAUAAGCCUGACAGUGCUAGAGUAAACACUUCCUUUUUAACACUGCACCAAAUUUCCCCGUUUUAUCAUUUAAGGUAUUUAAAAUUUAAGAACGAAAGAGGCAUCACAUGUUAGAAUUGUAUUGCAAAUGGUUAGAUACUGUCUUGUUACAUUUUAUCUAAUGCAUAUGGUACUAGUAUUUCGACCAAAGUAUUUAUUUAUUUUUUUUGUAUGUGUGACAUGAUAUAGAAAUGUCUGAAGACUCCAGGCUGUCCAAUAACCUGUGAUGUAACAUCCACAUAAAUUGGGCCUAUCUGAAUGCCGAAGUGUGUGUGGUCUUGAGGGGGUAAUGGUCACAAUUAUCGAUCUGUAACUUCCAUGACCCCCUCAAACAUUGUUCUCAACCAACAUGAGAGAAAAUGCCCUGACCGUACUGUCUUGGGAAGUUCCAUGUUGCAGUUUUUCUUCUUUCCGCAUCGUUCACCACCUAAACGUGAACCAAAUGUGUCCACAUCGUUCACUACCUAAACGUGAACUAGGUGCGUCCACGUCAUUCACUACCUAAAGUUUGGAUGAAAUGAGUGGGUGGGUUUUGUCGUCUUUUUUUUUUUUUCUCUCUCUGGACAUGAGAUCAAGAACAAAUGCGCAUCCGGCAAGUGCCUCACUUCAUGUUACCUAGGAAAGGGCUAACAGAAAAUGGGUGAGAUUGAUUUGAUCUCUCUCCAUCUGAUCGUAUUAUAAUAAUAAAUGGGUAUUAUAUUAA